AUGGAGUCGCCACAGAAAACCAAAACCGGCCUGAAUCUCCCCGCCGGGAUGAACCAGACUUCGUUGCGGCUGGAGACGUUCUCGAGCUCGUUCCGUGGGAUCUCGAGUCUCUCCUCUCCCUCUAAAUCGACUUGCAGCGACAGAUUCAUACCCUGCAGAUCUUCCUCGAGACUCCACGCUUUCGAUCUGCAGGACAAGGAAUCGACGACAACUCCGGUGAAAGAGGGAGGCAACGAAGCCUACUCCAGACUUUUGAAAUCUGAGCUUUUUGGAUCUGAUUUCGCUUCCUCUUGUUUGUCUCCUGCAGGUGCUCAGGGAUCUGCUUCUUCUCCGAUGAGUCCGUGUACCAACAUGCUCAGAUUCAAGACGGAUCGUUCCAAUUCAAGCCCCAAUUCCCCUUUCUCUCCUUCCAUCCUCGGAAACGACAAUGGACUCUCCAGUGACUCGUCUCCGACUCCGAAACCGCCACGCAAGGUUCCUAAAACGCCUCACAAGGUCUUGGAUGCUCCUUCGCUGCAAGAUGACUUCUACUUGAACGUUGUGGACUGGAGCUCGCAGAAUGUUCUCGCGGUGGGGCUUGGAACUUGCGUCUAUCUUUGGACUGCUUCCAAUAGCAAAGUGACGAAAUUAUGUGACCUGGGACCUAAUGAUAGCGUGUGCUCGCUUCAGUGGACACGAGAGGGUUCAUAUAUAUCUAUCGGUACAAGUCAUGGUCAGGUUCAGGUUUGGGACGGAACACAGUGUAAGAGAGUCCGAACAAUGGGAGGUCAUCAGACGAGAACUGGUGUCUUGGCAUGGAACUCGAGGAUCUUGUCAUCAGGGAGCAGAGACAGAAACAUCCUUCAACAUGAUAUCCGUGUCCAGAGCGAUUACGUCAGCAAACUCGUGGGACACAAAUCUGAGGUCUGCGGUCUGAAAUGGUCUCAUGAUGAUAGAGAGCUUGCCUCUGGAGGCAAUGAUAAUCAGUUACUGGUAUGGAACAAUCAUUCACAGCAGCCUAUUCUGAAGUUGACUGAGCACACAGCAGCGGUUAAGGCGAUUACAUGGUCUCCUCAUCAGAGCAGCCUCCUUGCUUCGGGAGGUGGAACCGCAGACAGAUGCAUUAGAUUCUGGAACACGACAAACGGACAUCAGUUAAACAGCAUUGACACGGGAAGCCAGGUCUGCAAUCUUGCGUGGAGCAAGAAUGUUAACGAGAUUGUGAGCACUCACGGCUACUCUCAGAACCAAAUCAUGCUCUGGAAGUACCCAUCCAUGUCAAAGGUCGCAACUCUAACUGGGCACAGUAUGAGAGUGCUUUACUUGGCAACGUCACCUGAUGGACAGACUAUAGUGACCGGAGCAGGAGAUGAGACCCUCCGCUUUUGGAAUGUCUUCCCUUCAGUGAAAAUGCAGACACCGGUGAAGGACACAGGCCUCUGGUCAUUAGGGAGGACACAGAUCCGAUAA